AUGGAUGCGUAUGCUGCCAUCAAGGUCAUCGGCGAAGCUAAGACGCCAUGGCCUAGGGACCACUACCCCAUGCUGAGGACCGGAGCCCGACAGUUCAAGGCUGGCCAUGAAGACAGAUUUCGCCGCAUCCUAGGUCAAACCGCUCGAUACAUGCGGGAUCUCAAUGUUAGACAUGCCUUUCUCUCCACAUACAACGAGACGAUAUUCCUUCGAAAGUCUGAGACUACACUACGUAAGGAGUCUAGACCCUGGAGUACUCCCCUGUGGUCACAUACAACGACCAGUUUGACCCCCAAAGGAGUGUUAUCACAACGCGCCAAUCUUGUCGUGUUCUUGUCGCCCGGCUAG